AAAUACGGCCUUCGCCCCGCGCUGCUGCCCGUUGUCCUGACCUCCCCUCCUCCUCCUCCUCCUCUUCUUCUUCUACACUGUUUCCUUUCUCUAUUCCUCCAGACAAUGUCUGCUACAGUCCUCCUCGAAAGGCACCAAUCCUUCUCCACCCCACGAUCGCAGCAUCUGAUACGGCCCAUCGACACCCCUCCAAGCCCACCACCCUCAAUGGCCGAUCUUUCCCCCUCCGACGCCCUGCACCUGCUCAUCGUCGGCAUCAGACGCAUCCUCGCGGUGAGCGACCCCGCCGCCGCCUCAUGGCAACGACACCGGCCCUCCGCUGCAGGCCUGCCCGUGUCGCCUCCUCCCUCGGCACCCCUCUCGCCGCCCAUGUCGGCCUUUGAUAUCCGCAAGCGCGACGAGCAAAUGACGCCCUCGCCUACCAUGAUGGGCGCGCUCGCGUCGUCCGACAGCGACAACAACCAACUCAGCCCCGCGACCGAGCAGCCGCCAUGCAUGACCGACGACUGUCCGCCGCAGCAGCAGCAGCAGCAGGAGCAGCCGUCGGCCGAAGACCUCGAGGCCGAGCACCAGCGGUAUAUCGUCGACAAGGCCAACCAGCGCGCGAUUGUCUCGCGGCGGUUCUGGUCAAAGGCCGUGCCGGAGAUUGAUAUAGAAAAGUACCUGCGCCGGAUACACCAGUACUGCCCUACGUCGACGGCGGUGUACCUCGCGACGAGUCUGUACAUCUACAGACUGUGCGUCGUGUCGCAGGCCGUGCCGUUGACGCCGCUGAAUGCGCACAGGCUGGUUAUCGCCGCGCUGCGGAUCGCGUCCAAGAACCUGGAAGACAUCAACCACAGCCAGAAGCGGUUCGCCAAGGUGGGCGGACUCUCCGAGAGCGAGCUGUGCAGACUCGAGAUUGGCAUGCUUUUCCUGAUUGACUUUGAUCUGAAGGUUGACGUGCAGGUGCUCGAGGAGCAGGCUGGUUUGCUGAUGGAGCUAGAGAAGUGCUAGAUUUCAUUUAUCUCAUCAUGAUCUAGUCGUCUAUCUUAUAUCCUAUUUUUGGGCGCGUGUUGCAUAGAUUUGCAUACCAUUGCAUCUUAUCACAAAAAGAUACAGCUCGCAUGCGGGAGGGCGCGGCAGCGUAUUCUUAAUGUCAGAGUCGGGUGUGGUUUUUUAUCGAAUUGGGAACCGGUGUUUGUUACCGCUACGGGUUUAUUGUAUAAUACAGAGUGCUAUGUAAAUAGUCAAAGGGAGGAAGGGUGUUUGGAAUAGUUUUGUUUAUUGUAUUAAGGACAGGCGUUGGGAUUGGAUGUGUUUUAUGUUGUUACUACCUAUACCUUAAAGAAGCACAAAAAUAUAAUCAUAAUUAUAUAUCAUGCAGUACAGUAGAUAGCAGAGGAUAUGCAGUAGAGGAAAAGGGGAGUU